AUAAACACCUACUCUGUGAUUUGCAUAUCAGUAAGAACAUUGUGUUACUAUUGACAUAAUUUAAUCUAAAAACAUUUCAAUAAGAACAUCAAAUUUUAAGUUUAUCUAGUUUAUUCAUUAUCAUUUCAAGAUUUUUUUAAUAAUGGGAGCGGAAAAGCUGCGGGUAAAGACUAAUAAAUCAUAUACCUAAAUGACACCUUUUGUAACUACCUCCAAGGGUGAGAGUCGCGCAAUCCUCUACGGCUUCUGGUCAUCUUCUUGUUCAUGGCGAGUACGUGCUGGUUUAAACCUAAAAAGCAUUGUAUUCGAAGAACGGAACAUUGAUAUCGUAAAGGAGCAAUCUCAACUCACCGACAAAUAUAAGAACAUCAAUCCUUCACAGAAAGUACCAGCCCUGAUUAUUGAUGGACAAACUUUAGUGGAAUCGAUGGCAAUACUUCAAUAUCUGGAAGAUACACGUCCCGAACCUCGCUUGACACCCAAUGAUCCAUUGCAGAAAGCGCGUAUGAGAGAAAUAUGUGAGACAAUAGUGUCUGGUAUCCAACCACUACAGAACAUUGGACUCAAGUCCCAUUUUACAACGGAAUAUCAAUACCAACAGUUUACAAAAUACUGGUGCGACCGAGGGCUGCAGACUCUAGAAAAUCUUCUCCAGAAAACUACUGGCUUGUAUUGUGUUGGAGACCAAAUUACUAUGGCUGACCUAUGCCUUGUUCCUCAGUUAUUUAAUGCAACAACUAGGUUAGAGUUGAGUCUAGACAAAUAUCCUACCUUGUCAAGAUUAUAUAAAAAUCUACUCAAAGAAAAAGUGUUCGAAGAAACUCAUCCAAAAGCCGUCAGGCCAAAACCGUAAUUUCUACAGCAAAUUACCUAGAUAUGACACUUUGUAAAUUGUUAUUGUAUUAAUAUUAUCAUAAAUAUAUACUCGUACAUUAUCUUA